UCUCAGAUCGACCUCCCCCUUCGCCAAUCACAAUCUUGAGACUCCUCGAAAGGACGGACCGACCUCAUCUUCACGGCUGAUCUAGUCUUGCGCUCGAGGUCUUGCUUGAUCCUGGGUGGAGCCGAACAGUACUACUCCAACAGGUCGAUUUCAUUACGGGGUGCAAGUCAAGUGAUUUACUCAACACCAAAGUGGUCCUACUACAGCCCAACAGCCAUGGGACAGCUUGUCGUUCUGUACAAGCCCAUUGUCGUCGAAUUACGCGAGGAGAAUUGCAAUACACUCGGAAAGCUAGUUGCUGCCAUCACGCAGACCUAUCCGCCAAUCUUGAACCGGCAUGAUGGCCUUGAGUAUGCUAUCCGAGGUGCCAAGCAAGGCAGGGUAGCACUGACAGAAGGUCAAUAUGACCCUAAUGCCGAGCUUCUCACCAAUAAUCGCCGACCGAUUGAGAUCAAGGCGAAGUUCAAGGCAAUCUACACCGUCAACAUUCGUCGAGCUUCUGCAAAACAUCUUUUCGGUGGCCCAAUCAUCGCGGAGGUAGAGGUGUACUGCCGAGACAGCUUCGGUAAAUUGAAGGAGCAGAUUGAACGGCAGACCGGAAUAUCAAAAGACUCUCAGCAGCUGGAGUUCAUGGGAUGGCCUAUGUUGGACUCCUCUAUUCUUGGUUUGCAGCGUGUCUUCCGAGGCUGCACAGUGGUUUUGAGGGUCAUGGCAAAGAUUACUUACCACUUCAAAGAUGCGUCAUGGUCGAUCACUGCCGGUGUGGACGAAUCCUUGCUGUUGUUGCUGGGACGAAUUGCUACCAACUUAAGUGAGGACGUCUCAAUGCUACGCUUCAGUUUCACCCACGCCUCCGAGGAUGUGGCAGCAACCGCCACAGAUCGGCCUCCAAAUCCUACUCAGCUCUUCAAAGCCGGGGAUGUGGUUGGAAGUGUGGCGGAAAAUGGUCUUACCAAUGGUGGUGCAAUCCAGGUAUAUCGGGAAUAUCGCAAACGCGAGCUGAACGACGAGACAGUACGCCCCAGCAAGGUUGAUGGGAAGAGUAAUCGUCAAAGAAAGCGCGAACGGCGAGAGAAAGAACGACGAGCCGUGCUGUCAAAGAGCGUCGCUACCUAAGAGACCUGGAAGAGCUGCCAUCUUCGUUGAUUGGCGAGUUGAGACAUUGGAAUCACGGCUCUUCUGCCUGGAGAAGGAAGAACUCAGCAAUCGAAUGAGGCCACGAAUUGGCAAGCCUUUCACCGAUUCUUCAACCUUUCAGCUAUGUAUGGGAUCGUCGAACACGGCAAAGACUGCCGCCGACAGAA